GACCGAGGCCCAGGCCCUGCCCAGGUGACACAUUGGAGCUGGCAGGCCCCAGAGCUCUGGUCAGGCUGUUGUAACCAGAAGGUGAGGGGAAAUGAAGCCCAGAAAGGGGCAGGGACUGCCCCAUUGUCACCCCGUUAAUGGCUGAUUUGGGGCUAGAGCCAGGUCUGCUGACUGCCACUCAUGGGAGCCCCUGGAGUUACCCCACCUGGGGUAUUGGGAAUAGAGCUGGGGGCCACUCCCACACCUUGCUCCACCCUGACUGGCUGGAUUUGGGAGACCCCUUCUCUGACCACUGGCCGUGGGGGAGGAAAAGGUUCCUGCCCAGGCUCCAGGUGGGGAGUGAGCUGCCAGGAUCCCUGCCGCCGGGGUGGUGCUGACAGUCCAGAACUGGGCCUCUCCAUGCGGACACCUGAGGAUGUGGUUGCACUGUCCCUGUGGAGGGCAUAUCGGGGAUGUGCCCUCAAACCCAGGCAGAGGAGAGCAAUGGGCUGGGGACCUGACGGCCUGGUACGGAGUCCAGAGGGGCCUCAGUUCCUGCACUCUCCUGCUCUGUUUACAGACAAGCCUCUGUCCUGGUGAGGGGGAAGGGGUGGGGCCGAGAGCAGGUGCCAAGGUGGCACGAGGCUGGGCAUGUGCCUGGUCUCAGACCGUGUCCAAGGAGUGUCAGACACCAGGAGGUGUCGCACGGAAGACCCCUGCCCCCACCGGGGUAUCUUGAUCUCUUCAGAAGCUGACCUCUGACCUGGGGCCAGCCAAAAGUCCAGGCACCCCACCCCCCAGCCUGGGCCCAAUGUCCCCCAUCAGAGUCUUGGCUCUUCUUAUGGCAUCUGACACCAGAGGGGCUGAAAAUAGCCCUGGAGGAGGGGAGGAGGGGCUAUUUAAAGGACCUGGAAGGAGCAGAGGGAGUGAGGCUGAUCAUGGCCACUUCUGAGCUGAGCUGCCAGGUGUCUGAGCAGAACUGUGAGCGCCGAGAGGCCUUCUGGGCUGAAUGGAAGGAUCUGACACUGUCCACGCGGCCUGAGGAGGGGUGCUCCCUGCAUGAGGAGGAUGCCCGGCGGCAUGAGACCUACCACCGGCAGGGCCGGUGCCAGGCGCUGGUGCAGCAGUCCCCCUGGCUGGUGAUGCGCAUGGGCAUCCUGGGCCAAGGGCUGCAGGAGUACCUGCUGCCUUACCAGCGGGUGCUGCCGCUGCCCAUCUUCACCCCCACCAAGGUGGGCGCCGCCAAGGAGGAGCGCGAGGACACCCCCGUCCAGCUGCGGGAGCUGCUGGCACUGGAGACAGCCCUGAGUGGCCAGUGCGCGGAGCGGCAGGACAUGGCGGAGAUCACCAAGCAGUUGCCCCCUGUGGUGCCUGUCAGCAAGCCAGGCACCCUUCGUCGCUCUCUGUCCCGCUCCAUGUCCCAGGACGCACAGAGAGGCUGAGAGGGACUGUGUCUCCCUCUUCACUGGGCUGGGCCCUUCCUGGCUAGGACCAUGGAGGGGAGCUGCUGGCCUUGGAUGCUUUGUAGUUUGCCCAAAGUUGGGGGCUAGGAGAGGAGGGAGCCAGAGGCCAGGAUGCCUGGUUCCCCUGAGUUCCCAAAGGGAGGGGAGCAAGGACAGUGGGCACGAAGGGUGGAGAGCUGGGGCCAGCACCGCUGAACAGCCCCAGCCCAGGAGAAGGGACAAAAGAUGCUGAGGAGGGAAAGAGGUGCCUGAGAGGGGCGACCGAGCUUCAGAGGACAAGGGAGAGUGUACGGAGAUGGGAAAUGCCCGGGAAAGGCUUGGAGAAGACCAGAGGGAGGGGGAUGUGAAGAGGGCAGAGGCGGGUGCAGCCCCCAGCACCCUCUGUUAGUGCUGCAAUAAAUGCUCAAUCGUGUUCCA